UAAAGCAUAAUUAACCCAUAUUUUUAAGUUCUGUUAUCUCUCCUGUUCGUUUCUUGAAUGUUUUACUGACCAAGAGAGACUUCUGGGUGCUGUUAAGGGCUUUUGCAUUACCGAACAAGGAGAAUCCAUGAAUUUGCUUUGGUAGACCAGGUUGUCUUUGGGGUUACAUUCCGAUAACCCAAUAAAGUAUUUGCAAUUCUGGUGGAGGGUUUUUGUUUCACGGGUUUGUUGUGUUGAAACCCAGAUGAAAAUAGGGGUUUUUGGGGCUGCGAGUUGAAAAAGCUUGAGCAUUUACGCGUUUUGAAGAGCUGUGGUUUAGUUGUUGAAGGUUGUGGUUCAUUGGGAUUAAAAUUUCAGAAAAUCAAGAGAAUUAUCAGCUUCAGUUAUUUAUCUUGGCGUAGGAGAUGUUUGAAUGAACAUUGACAAUGUCUUUACACACUAUGAGUUAUGCAUCCCAUGUAUUGGGUUAUGUAGAUAUGAACAGAAGCCCGUAUAAGACAAGGUUGAGUCCGGCUCUAGCAAUACCUCCAUCAUCAACUCUCUUACACACUGAUGAAAGUGGGAGAUUUCCUGAAUCAAAGAAGGGUCAUGGAUCAAAUGCACCUUCAAGAAGCGGUGACUCUACUGGUUCUUUACUCGGUCAAGCGAACACAAUAGGUAUUAUUGGAGGGGUGUCCGUGGAUUCUACACUGAAUUUUUUGAGAAAACUUGUCAAGUGGAGUAAAAGAGAAGGAACAAGUUCCCUUCCUUUUGUACUUCACUCUGAUACUGUGUUAAAUAAAGAGCUUUUAUCACACGACAGAAGUUCUUUUCCUUCCCUCAGCAAAAGUCAAAGUAAUCGAUUAGACCCUACCCCAAUUGUGGAGAACUUGCGGAAUAAAAGAACUUUCCUUGAGAAUUCAGGAGCUUGUUGCAUAGUGAUGCCUUGUAACAUUUUGCAUUCCUGGCACGACGAGGUUUCUAAAGGAUGUUCUGUUCCUUUCCUCCAUAUGGCCGAGUCUGUUGCCAGGGAGCUCAAGGAAGCAAAGUUGAAGCCGCUUGAAGCUGGGAGUCGAUUGCGGAUUGGAGUGCUUGCGACUGAUGCAACUUUAACGGCUGGAUUUUAUCAGGAGAAACUACAGAAUGAGGGAUUUGAGGUAGUGCUGCCAGAUAAAGCAACAAUGGAACAUACAGUAAUUCCUGCAUUUGAAGCUUUAAACAGAAAAGACACUGAAGGAGCACGCAAUCUGUUGAGGAUUGCUCUCCAAGUUCUUUUGGUAAGGGCAGUGAACUCUGUAAUCCUUGCCUCUGAUGAUAUGAGGGAUCUUUUGCCUCAGGAUGAUCCUCUCCUAAAAAAAUGUAUAGACCCCAUGGACGCAUUAGCUAGAUCUACUAUUAAGUGGGCGCAAUCUGCUGAAAUGGGUACAUACUGAACAUUGAGAAUGUGAUUACUGAUUAAUCUGGUUAAUGUGUU